AUGUUAUCUCAAAAGUUCAUAUCGACCGUUUCUGGUCCGCCUCUCGCCGCGAAUACCGCCGUCUCCAAAGAUGUCGGCAUGUAUUCUCACUCUCUCGCGCCGUCUCACACCAUCAAGUCAACCUUCAAGAAGAGUUCAGCCCCUGUCAACGGUCUAGCCGUCAGCCAGACUCACAUUUUUGCUGCACAAGACCAAAAGGCUCAUGUUCAUGUCUACCCAAUUCCAGCUGACAACCACAACACUGCCGUUGCUCCCUGUGCUCUUGUACCCUUUCCCGAAAGGAUCCGCUGCUUGGCCAUUGUUGGUCAGGUCUUGGUCGUGGGAUCUACCGAGGGUAGACUAUUUCUUUGGGAGACAUGCACCGGACGACAAGUGUCGACGCCGCCUUGCCACGUUCAGGCCGUCUCAUGCUUGGCCGUAACGCCAUAUCACAUUCUUUCCGGGUCUGAUGACUCCAACAUCAACGUCUGGUCAUUAUCACGUCUUCUAGAGCUCGAUGCCCAACUUGAACAGGAACCCGAUCUGACACUCUCCAAUCACCGCGGUGCCAUCACAAGUCUAACUGCCAGUCCUGGUACCAAUUCGGAAACUGGCAUAUGCGUGUCUGCCAGUAAAGACAAGACAUGCAUUGUCUGGAACUAUCAGACCGGCCAGCUCCUCCGUACUGUAUUGUUCCCUGCAACUCCUCUCUGUGCUCGCCUCGAUCCCAGUGCCAGGGCGCUCUUUGUGUCUUCUGAAGAUAGUUCCGUCUACCUUGUUGAACUAUUCGGUGGAGACAAGCCGUUGCUUGGUUCCCGCAGCACUGAGCAACCUUCCAUUGUCGUACAGAUCAACACCCCGCUUGCUGUCUCGGAUCCGGAACUUGGACUACCAUCGUGUAUUGCUCUGACAAAUGACGGCACUUCAAUAUUGUCUGGACACACCAAGGGAAAGAUCUUGCGAUGGACUCUAGCUGAGAAUGCUCAUCCCACCGAAGUCGCCAAUCUGAAUGCCUCGGUCACCAACCUCUUCUUCAUACCUCCACUAUCAAGCGAGCAACCGACCAAGACUGUUACCAUCGUGAAACCGAACCUGAUCCAAAAACGAUACAACUUCAUAGCCCAGCUGUCCACAGAUCUCGGAGAGAAGACAAGAUUUGACCAUCUGCUGGAAACCAAUGGGAUUCCGUCGGAAUCACUCGAGACAGCAAUUUCGUCCAUGACGACUUCUUCAGAUGACCAACAAGACGACGAGCUGGCAAAGCAGGAUGCCCAAUUCCGAAGCAUCAUCGACAGCUGCAAUCUACUUCAAAAGCAAACUAGUUAA